CACAAGCAGAGUGUCAAAGUUUUAACAAUAGCAGUUGGUGGUUGUUUUCCUACUCAUCGUCCAACCACGCCACCCGAAGUCACCAAACACGAAAGGACUGUUUUCGUUCAAGAGGCAUAAAAUCUCCAAACUCUCCCCCCUUCUUCCAUCACCAUCUCCCUUUUUCUCUUUCUCUUUAUCUGGGGACUCUGCCGAUCAUCUUUGCCGAGGAAACGGGGGAUAGUUUUGAUUGGUAUCUAUGGAAACCACUACCAUCGUCAGAAGAUCAGUUCACCUGUUCCUGCAGCACUACCAGUUUUUCACCACAGUAGCUGCCUUCCUCUUCUUCCCUGCUUCAGCCUCAAUCCUCCUUUCGGUCUCCUCCCCUUCAUGGGACUUGAUUUCCAACCUUAGACCCCGAAUUGAAAGCCUUCUCGAGGCCGGCGGCUUCCCCGAUUCCAGAUUGACUUCCCUUCUUCAUCUUAAACUCUCUCAGACGGUUGCUUCCUUUCUCACUUCCUUCCCCUUCACCGUGUCCUUCCUCCUGCUGGCGAAGGCCUGUGUCAUCUCCCACGCUCUGCGAACUGGAAAGGCAUCCUCUUCUGGGCUAUUCUGUUCCCUCCCAUCCAUUUGGAAGAAGCUCUUGAUCACAUAUCUCACUUCUGUCGUGUUCAUCUUUGCAGCAAAUGCAACAGCCUUUUCUUUCCUCUUCCUUGUCUUCAAUGUCUUCGACGUUCUCGAUGUAUCAUCUCCUGUAAAUCCAACAUUUCUGUCCUGCGUAGGCUCAACCUUCUACUCGGUUCUCCUUGCAAACACCAUAAUCAUCUGCAAUCUGGCGACAAUUGUUUCGGGAAUGGAGGAGUGCAGCGGGAUUGUGGCCAUUCUGAGAGCGUGCAUACUUAUCAAGAACAGAGCGGCAACUGCACUAUCCCUAGCGUUGCCUGUAAAUCUUUGCCUGGCUGCCAUAGAGAGCCUCUUCCAAUACAGAGUGGUGAGGAUGCUCGAGGUCUCCCAUGAAUUGCCUCUGUCAGUGGUGUGGGAGGUCCCAUUGCUCAUUCACAUGUACUCAACUGUUAUUCUUCUGGACACAAUCGCGGGUUGCAUCUUUUACAAUUGCAGCAAAUCUCUGUAUCUAUCUGAAAGCAAAUAUAUGGAAGAGGAAGAUGCCACCACAGAGCUGUUUCUACCCACUUCUGUUCCUUGAAUCGAGCAGUCGAAUGAGGUCAACAAACUCUGUCCACAUGUCAGUAGCUCCAAGUCAUUCUGACUCAAGAAUGAGGCUGAUGAUAGAAGUGAGUUGGAUACCAUUCAUGGCUUAUCGGACAUCAAGUUGUCAAAUUCUUCCCUUGCAGAUGCAAAUACUAAAGGCUUGUUGACUGAUUACAAAGCCUGGAAGGAGAGUUGUGAUACACAGAGGAACUAUUUUUGUUUCUUUUUUUUUUCCUUCUUCUUGGGAGAAUAAAAGGGUUGAACCUAUAUACCCCAGCUAAACGCUGGUUCAGCGUGGCUCUUUUACCACUCGUGAUGUAUGCCCUCCUCCUGUACCCUUUCAUCUUAGGUAGAGAAACGAAUUCGCAACUAAAAGAAUACCAUGUACAGCUAAUAGUAUUAUAAUGCCAAAACACGGUCCAUUUGAAACUGU